AUAUAUAAUACUUAUCUAUGCGGCCCACAUCCGCGCGUAAAACGUAAAGAUUUCUGUACGUGUUGUUUGCGUGAACCCGGAUCCCUUUAAGUUGACGUUUUACGAUUCGUGAUUUAUAAAUUCAUUCAAAACGUUAGAUUAGGUUAGCUAUCGUUCGCUAAGUACAUAACAUUACAUUCGGUAUUACUAGUUCCAGGUUGUAAUGGCCGACGUUUUAGACUUGAACGCUGAAGAUUUCGUGGAAGAGGAUGAUGAGGGAGUCUCAAAACUUAAAGAUAAAGCCAGGAGAAGGAAAGGACGUGGAUUUGAUGAAAAAUCUAAAAGAGAUGAUAUUAAAGAUGAAGCUAUGGAAUUUGAUUCUGUCGAUCAAAAUGAUGACGAGGGCCCUGGACCACAAAGAUCUGUUGAAGGUUGGAUUUUGUUCAUUUCUUCUUUACAUGAAGAAGCACAAGAAGAUGAUUUACAUGAUAAAUUUGCUGAGUUUGGAAAAAUUAAAAAUUUACAUUUAAACUUGGACCGUAGAACUGGAUUUUUAAAAGGAUAUGCAUUAGUUGAAUAUGAGUCAUAUAAGGAAGCAUCUCGAGCACGCGAAGGACUUAAUAAUACAGAUAUUUUGGGACAGCAAAUAAGUGUAGAUUGGUGCUUCGUGAAAGGACCAAAAAGGAUUAAAAAAUCAAGACGCCGAAUGGCUAAUUAUUAACAAAGAAAUUGAAACUCAAGAUAUGUAAAAAAAAACAUACUCUUUAAUUAAGUUCUUUUUUUGUAAUACAUUUAAUACUAUAAACAAUUUUUUCAUGACUUAUAUUUUAAAAAAAUAAAAGUGUUUUAAUUUAUG